AUGCUUCCCAAAGUUGGGUCCGGAGAGGAAGUCAUAUCAAAUUCCUGGUUAUGCAAUGGUCGCAGCAGCACAUCCAGAUCUCCAGAGGCCAAGAUUGCCAAGAUCUGCCCCGUGGCGAGCAUGACGGCCACCACGCGUGGCUCCCCGGUGGGGGGCAAUGACAGUCAGGGCCAAAGCCAGGCCCCUGAUUCUCAGAGCCAGCCUCCGCUGCCACAGAAUCAGACUUCUCCGAACUCGUCUAAUGAGAACUCUCCAGUUAGUCCACCAGAGGAGCAGGGAGCCGGCGAUGGACCUCCUCAGCUGGAAGAGGAGGAGCCUGCCUUUCCCCACACUGAUCUCGCCAAGCUGGAUGACAUGAUCAACAGGCCUCGUUGGGUUGUCCCAGUUUUGCCAAAAGGAGAGUUGGAAGUUCUUUUGGAAGCUGCUAUAGAUCUGAGUAAAAAAGGACUUGAUGUAAAAUGUGAAGCCUGUCAGAGGUUUUUUCGAGAUGGUCUGACCAUAUCCUUCACAAAGAUCCUGACUGAUGAGGCAGUUAGUGGAUGGAAGUUUGAAAUUCAUAGGUGUAUCAUCAAUAAUACUCACCGUUUAGUUGAGCUGUGUGUAGCCAAGCUCUCUCAGGACUGGUUCCCUCUAUUAGAGUUGCUGGCCAUGGCCACCAAUCCUCACUGCAAGUUUCAUAUUUACAAUGGCACCCGACCCUCAGAGAGUGUCCCGGCUGGAGCACAGCUGGCUGAUGACGAGCUCUACGCCCGACCUCCGGACCCACGGUCCCCGAAGGGCUGGUUGGUUGACUUAAUAAACAAGUUUGGGACAUUAAACGGGUUUCAAAUAUUGCACGAUCGCUUCAUGAGCGGACAAGCACUGAACGUCCAGAUCAUUGCUGCACUUAUCAAGCCUUUUGGCCAGUGUUACGAGUUUCUCACAUUGCACUCAGUAAAGAAGUACUUCCUUCCAGUCAUUGAGAUGGUUCCACAGUUUUUAGAGAACCUAACAGAUGAGGAGCUGAAGAAAGAGGCCAAAAAUGAAGCCAAAAAUGACGCACUAUCAAUGAUAAUCAAGUCUCUAAAAAAUCUGGCUUCUCGUGUCCCAGGACAAGAAGAGACUGUAAAGAAUUUAGAGAUUUUUAGGCUGAAAAUGAUUCUUAGGUUAUUACAAAUUUCUUCUUUUAACGGCAAAAUGAAUGCACUAAAUGAAGUGAAUAAGGUGAUUUCUAGUGUGUCCUACUACACACAUCGUCACAACCCUGAGGAGGAAGAGUGGCUAACUGCUGAGCGCAUGGCGGAAUGGAUCCAACAAAAUCACAUACUUUCGAUUGUGCUAAGGGACAGUUUGCAUCAGCCCCAGUAUGUGGAGAAACUUGAGAAGAUCCUACGCUUUGUAAUAAAGGAAAAAGCUCUUACCAUGCAGGAUCUGGACAAUAUUUGGGCCGCUCAGGCUGGAAAACAUGAAGCAAUUGUGAAAAAUGUGCAUGAUCUUUUGGCCAAACUCGCGUGGGACUUUUCACCUGAGCAACUUGACCACCUUUUUGACUGCUUCAAGGCCAGCUGGACCAAUGCCAGCAAGAAGCAACGUGAGAAAUUGUUAGAACUGAUUCGGCGCUUGGCGGAGGACGACAAGGAUGGAGUGAUGGCUCACAAGGUCCUGAACUUGCUAUGGAACUUAGCUCACAGUGACGAUGUGCCUGUAGACAUCAUGGACCAGGCACUUAGUGCCCACAUCAAGAUACUGGAUUACAGCUGUUCACAGGACCGAGACACACAGAAAAUACAGUGGAUUGAUCGUUUUAUAGAAGAAUUACGAACCAAUGACAAAUGGGUGAUCCCUGCUUUGAAGCAAAUUAGAGAAAUUUGCAGUCUAUUUGGUGAAGCUCCUCAGAACCUUAGUCAAACCCAGAGAAGUCCCCAUGUGUUCUAUCGCCAUGAUUUGAUCAACCAGCUACAACAUAAUCAUGCUUUGGUGACUUUGGUAGCAGAAAACUUGUCGGCCUAUAUGGAGACAAUGAGGCAACUCACCAAAGAAGAACAAGCAGAGUUUGACCCGCAGACUGUAAGACCAGGGAGUCGGUACAGCCAUGUCCAGGAAGUACAGGAACGUCUUAACUUUCUGAGGUUUUUAUUGAAGGACGGACAGUUGUGGCUUUGUGCCCCUCAAGCAAAGCAGAUCUGGAAAUGUUUAGCUGAAAAUGCUGUGUUUCUAUGUGAUCGCGAGGCCUGCUUCAAAUGGUAUUCUAAGCUCAUGGGGGAUGAGCCAGAUCUUGACCCAGACAUCAACAAGGACUUCUUUGAGAAUAAUGUCCUGCAGUUGGACCCCUCUUUGCUUACAGAAAAUGGUAUGAAGUGCUUUGAGAGGUUCUUCAAGGCGGUUAACUGCAGAGAGGGAAAGUUGGUGGCAAAACGUCGGGCUUACAUGAUGGAUGACCUGGAACUUAUAGGCUUGGACUACCUUUGGAGGGUGGUUAUUCAAGGAAGUGAUGAUAUUGCCAGUCGUGCUAUAGAUCUAUUGAAGGAAAUUUAUACCAACCUUGGACCAAAACUACAAGUUAACCAGGUGGAAAUUCAUGAAGAUUUUAUCCAGUCUUGUUUUGACCGGCUGAAGGCAUCAUACGACACACUGUGUGUGUUAGAUGGAGACAAAGACAGCAUAAACUGUGCACGUCAGGAGGCCAUUCGUAUGGUGCGAGUACUUACUGUUCUCAAGGAGUACAUCAAUGAAUGUGACAGCGAUUACCACGAGGAGAGGACUAUAUUGCCUAUGUCCAGAGCUUUUAGAGGAAAGCACAUCACCCUUAUAGUUCGUUUCCCGAACCAAGGGCGUCAGGUAGAUGACCUGGAUAUCUGGUCACACACCAAUGAUACUAUUGGAUCGGUUAGACGUGCCAUUCUCAACCGCAUCAAAGCUAAUGCUGCACAUACCAAGAUUGAGCUCUUUAUUGGAGGAGAGGUUGUUGAUCCAGCUGAUGACCGGAAGCUGAUUGGUCAGCUGAAUUUAAAAGACAAAACGCUUAUUACAGCAAAACUUACCCAAGUGAGUGCCAACAUGCCCUCUAGCCCAGACAGUUCAUCAGAUUCAUCCACCGGUUCACCUGGUAACCAUGGUAACCACUACAGCGACGGACCCAACCCUGAGGUGGAGAGCUGUCUUCCUGGUGUGAUUAUGUCUCUGCACUUGCGCUACAUCUCCUUCCUAUGGCAGGUGGCUGACUUGGGCUGCAACCUCAACAUGCCUCUUCUUAGAGAUGGAGCACGAGUUCUCAUGAAACUCAUGCCUCCAGAUAAUACAACAGUGGAGAAUCUACGUGCUGUGUGUCUCGACCAUGCCAAGCUUGGUGAGAACAGUCUCAGUCCUACUCUGGACUCUCGUUUCUUUGGACCCUCGCCCUCACAAGUGCUCUACCUCAUUGAGGUUGUGUAUGCUCUGCUAAUGCCGGCCAGUGCAACACUUGGAGAAGAUGCCAGUGACUUCCAAUAUAACUUCUUGAAAAGUGGUGGACUUCCUUUGGUGCUGAGCAUGCUCACGCGAAACAAUUUCUUGCCUUCAGCAGACAUGGAGACUCGGCGUGGAGCUUAUCUCAAUGCACUUAAAAUUGCAAAGCUUUUACUGACUGCAGUUGGCUUUGGGCAUGUCAAGGCUGUGGCAGAGGCCUGUCAGCCCAACGCUGAUGGAAACGUUCCUGUCUCACCGGUUCGUCCAUAUACGGCAGGCUGCAUUAUUAAUCAAGCAACCCAUGACCAGGCCCUAGUCCUUCAAAGUGCUUUACAAAAUAUUCCCAAUCCUGCCUCAGAGUGCAUGUUGCGCAAUGUUGCAAUUCGUCUAGCUCAGCAGAUUUCUGAUGAGAACUUCUUCCAAGUAUCAAAGUACAUCCCAGACAUAUGUGUAAUCCGGGCAAUACAGAAAAUUGUAUGGGCUUCAGGUUGCGGUACUGUCCAGCUUGUCUUCAGUUCAAAUGAUGAAAUCAGUAAAAUAUAUGAAAAGACCAAUGCUUCUAAGGAGCCCGAUGGAGAGGAUGAGCAGGUGUGCUGUGAGGCCUUAGAGGUGAUGACACUUUGUUUUGCCCUUAUGCCUACGGCUCUGGACACUCUCGGCAAAGAGAAGGCUUGGCAGACCUUUAUCAUUGAUCUGCUGCUCCACUGCCAUAGCAAAUCUGUACGACAAAUGGCUCAAGAGCAGUUUUUCUUGAUGGCGACCAGGUGCUGCAUGGGCCAUCGACCGCUCAUUUUCUUUAUUACUCUCCUCUUUACAGUCCUUGGGAGUACAGCCAAAGAGCGGGCAAAACACGCUGGAGAUUAUUUCACUUUGCUUAGACACCUUCUAAACUACGCUUACAACAGCAAUAUCAACCUGCCUAACGCAGAGGUGCUCCUGAACAAUGAGAUUGACUGGCUUAAGCGAAUAAGGGAUGAAGUGAAAAGGACUGGUGAGACAGGUGUGGAGGAAACCAUUUUAGAAGGCCAUCUAGGGGUCACCAAGGAGCUGUUGUCCUUCCAGACACCAGAAAAGAAGUACUACAUUGGCUGUGAAAAAGGAGGAGCAAAUCUUAUUAAGGAGUUGAUAGAUGACUUCAUUUUCCCAGCAUCUAAUGUUUACCUUCAGUACAUGAAAAGUGGAGAGUUUCCCACUGAGCAAGCUAUCCCAGUGUGUAGUACACCUGCUUCCAUCAAUGCAGGCUUUGAGCUGCUUGUGGCACUGGCUGUUGGUUGUGUCAGGAACCUUAAGCAGAUAGUGGAUACCCUCACAGACAUGUACUAUUUGGCUGGUGAUACUUUGACUGAAUGGGAAUAUCUCCCCCCUGUCGGACCGAGACCCAACAAAGGUUUUGUAGGUUUGAAGAAUGCUGGGGCUACUUGCUACAUGAACUCGGUUAUUCAGCAGCUUUACAUGAUCCCACCUAUUCGUAAUGGCAUUCUUGCUAUUGAGGGCACAGGCACAGAUGUGGAUGAUGAUAUGUCAGGGGAUGAAAAGCAGGAAAAUGAGAGCAAUGUGGAUCCUCGAGAUGAGGUGUUCAGUUACCAUCACCAGUUUGAUGAUAAACCAUCUGGAAAAUCAGAGGACCGGAAAGAGUACAACAUUGGAGUAUUACGUCAUCUUCAGGUUAUUUUUGGUCACCUGAGUGCCUCAAGGUUGCAGUACUAUGUUCCUAGAGGAUUCUGGAAACAGUUCAGGUUAUGGGGUGAACCAGUAAACCUAAGAGAGCAACAUGAUGCCCUAGAGUUUUUUAACUCCUUAGUGGAUAGUCUAGAUGAAGCUCUGAAAGCACUGGGCCAUCCAGCCAUGCUGAGUAAGGUCCUGGGAGGUUCUUUUGCUGAUCAGAAGAUCUGCCAAGGUUGCCCACACAGAUAUGAGUGUGAGGAGUCAUUCACAACACUCAAUGUGGACAUCAGAAAUCACCAGAACCUUUUGGACUCCAUGGAGCAGUACGUCAAAGGAGAUCUGCUUGAAGGAGCUAAUGCCUAUCACUGUGAAAAGUGUAAUAAGAAGGUGGAUACAGUGAAGCGCUUGCUAAUUAAGAAGUUGCCACCAGUCCUUGCCAUACAACUGAAACGCUUCGACUAUGACUGGGAGAGGGAAUGUGCCAUCAAGUUCAAUGACUACUUUGAGUUUCCCCGGGAGUUGGACAUGGAGCCUUACACAGUGGCUGGUGUGGCUAAGUUAGAGGGGGAUGAUGUCAACCCAGAAAACCAGAUGAUCCAGCAGAAUGAGCCCUCGGAGCCCACUCCCCCUGGAAGCUCAAAGUAUCGCCUUGUAGGUGUACUGGUCCACUCGGGCCAGGCCAGUGGAGGACACUACUAUUCUUACAUUAUUCAGAGGAAUGGGGGAGAUGGUGAAAAAAACCGCUGGUAUAAGUUUGAUGAUGGUGAUGUGACUGAGUGCAAAAUGGAUGAUGAAGAGGAGAUGAAGAAUCAGUGCUUUGGAGGAGAGUACAUGGGCGAGGUGUUCGACCACAUGAUGAAAAGGAUGUCAUAUCGGAGGCAGAAGCGCUGGUGGAAUGCAUACAUUCUUUUUUAUGAGCGGAUGGACUCACUGGACAAAGACAGCGAGCUUGUCAAGUACAUCUCAGACUUGACUAUCUCCUCUACAAAACCACAUCAGGUCAAGAUGCCUGGUGUUAUUGAGUGCAGUGUCCGCAAGCAGAACGUCCAAUUCAUGCACAACAGAAUGCAAUACAGCUUGGAAUAUUUCCAGUUCAUUAAGAAACUUUUGACCUGUAACAGUGUCUAUUUAAAUCCUCCUCCAGGACAAGACCAUCUUCUCCCAGAGGCAGAAGAGAUUGCAAUGAUCAGCUCUCAAUUAGCUGCUAGGUUUCUUUUCAGCACAGGAUUUCACACAAAAAAAGUAGUCCGGGGUCCUGCCAGUGACUGGUAUGACGCCCUUUGCAUCCUUCUGAGGCACAGUAAGAAUGUACGCUACUGGUUUGCACACAACGUUCUGUUUGCCUAUCCAAAUCGGUUCUCAGAGUACCUACUCGAGUGUCCAAGUGCUGAGGUCCGCGGUGCAUUUGCCAAGCUUAUAGUCUUCAUCGCCCACUUCUCUCUUCAAGAUGGUCCUUGCCCUUCACCCUCUGCCUCCCCAGGACCCUCAACUCAGGGCUGUGAUAACCUCAGUUUAAGUGACCAUCUGUUGAGAGCUGUCCUCAACUUGCUGCGCAGAGAGGUCUCUGAACACGGCCGUCACCUGCAGCAGUACUUCAACCUCUUUGUCAUGUAUGCCAAUCUAGGUCUUGCAGAGAAAACCCAGUUGUUAAAAUUGAAUGUUCCUGCCACUUUUAUGUUGGUGGCUCUGGAUGAGGGUCCCGGCCCUCCUAUCAAAUACCAGUACGCAGAGUUGGGUAAACUCUAUACUGUGGUGUCUCAGCUUGUUCGCUGCUGUGAUGUUUCAUCGCGCAUGCAGUCAUCCAUUAAUGGUAACCCUCCACUUCCAAACCCUUAUGGAGACACAAACCUAAGCACCCCAGUGAUGCCUGUGCAACAGCUGGUCGCAGAGAUCCUGUUUGUGCGGACUAGCUAUGUGAAGAAGAUCAUUGAGGACUGCAGCAACUCUGAGGAAACUGUCAAACUGCUGCGGUUCAGCUGCUGGGAGAAUCCACAGUUCUCAUCCACCGUUCUCAGUGAGCUGCUCUGGCAGGUGGCUUACUCUUAUACAUAUGAGCUGAGGCCUUACUUGGACUUGCUGCUACAGAUUCUUCUCAUUGAGGACUCCUGGCAAACGCAUAGGAUCCACAAUGUGCUAAAGGGCAUUCCAGAUGACAGAGACGGGCUUUUUGACACCAUCCAGCGCUCUAAAAACCACUACCAAAAACGAGCAUACCAAUGUAUCAAGUGCAUGGUCGCCCUGUUUAGCAACUGCUCUGUGGCUUACCAGAUUCUCCAGAGCAAUGGUGACUUAAAACGAAAGUGGACAUGGGCCGUGGAGUGGCUGGGGGAUGAGCUGGAGAGGCGGCCUUACACAGGAAACCCUCAGUACACGUACAAUAACUGGUCCCCUCCGGUUCAGAGUAAUGAGACCUCCAAUGGCUAUUUCCUGGAGCGUUCACACAGUGCACGCAUGACGCUGGCCAAAGCCUGUGAAUUGUGUCCAGAAGAGCUCAAGUGUACACAGGGAAGCCCAGGGAAGGAGCCAGAUGAGCAGGAAGCUCCAGAUGAUCAAGAUUCUUCUCCUCCAGAAGACACUUCUCUCUAUCCCCAUUCUCCUGGAACAGCACAGUUUCAGCAGAACAACCAUCCUCAUGGCCAGCCGUACACUGGCCCUGCUGCCCAGCACAUGAACAAUCCCCAGAGGCCUGGGCCGGUCUCUGCCCCAAACCCAGCUCCUCCUCAGACCACAAGCCCGGGUCCUGGUCCUCCAGGGCAGGGCCCACGAGCACAAGAGAACUGGGAGAGCACUGAGGAGGUGGCCCCUGCCCCUGCCCCUGCCCAGGCCCCUGCCCAGGCCCCUGCCCCGGCUCUGGCCCCGGCUCCGGCCCCAGCCCCCACUACCACACCUGCCCCAGGGCCUUCCCCUCCGAAGGAGUAA